AUGUAAUAAUAAUAAGGCACUCAAUUUUUCAUGCAAGAAGAAAUAUAGUUGUGUUUUGACCUGAAGCAUUGCUGACUUCUCUUGUAGGUUGGAGUUAUCGAUUUUUCAAUGUACUUAAAGGAUGGGAACAGCAGCAAGGGAAGUGAGGGAGAUGGUCAAAUUACUGCAAUUCUGGAUCAGAAAAAUUAUGUGGAAGAGCUGAACAGACAUUUAAGUGCCACAGUCAAUAAUCUGCAGGCGAAAGUUGAUGCUUUAGAAAAAUCCAAUACUAAACUUACUGAGGAGCUUGCUGUUGCUAACAACAGAAUAAUAACACUGCAGGAAGACAUGGAGCGAGUCAAAGAAGAAAGUUCGUAUAUUUUGGAAUCCAACAGAAAGCAGGUACCCAAGCAGGACAGAACUGCAGAUGGACAUGCCCUUAGUGAAGCACGGAAACACUUAAAGGAAGAAACACAGCUGCGGCUGGAUGUGGAAAAAGAGCUUGAGGUGCAGAUUGGAAUGAGACAAGAGAUGGAACUGGCCAUGAAGAUGCUGGAAAAAGAUGUCUGCGAGAAGCAAGAUGCACUGGUGGCACUCAGGCAGCAGCUUGAUGAUCUCAGGGCCCUAAAACUCGAACUUUCCUUCAAGCUGCAGAGUUCUGACCUGGGAGUGAAACAAAAGAGUGAACUAAACAGCCGCUUGGAGGAGAAGACAAAUCAGAUGGCUGCUACCAUUAAACAGCUCGAACAAAGAUUGCAACAGGCAGAGAGGGAGCGUCAGUCCCUGGAGGAAGACAAUCGGCUCUUCAAGCAGGAGUUUGGGGAUAAGAUCAACAGCCUUCAGGUGGAGGUGGAACAGCUCACCAAACAGCGGGGCCAGCUGGAACUGGAAUUGAAACGGGAGCGAGAGCGAUGGUCACAUUUCCACCCUGGGAUUCAAGAGAACAGAAGCUUUCACAGCCAAAGCAAAGGAUUCCCGAAAGCUGGAUUUAAAACAGAUGCAGGAAGCAAACUCCUGGAAGGAGAGUCGCAGUGGAGAACACCAAUAAAAGAGGGGCAGACAGUUCUUCCAAGCAAGGCACCUCCUAUCUUGCAAGAGGAGCAUGAGCAGCCCCUUGGACCUGGCAAAUUAGAGUUGUGCCAGCUAUGUCAAGAAGAAAGUACACAGAGCAAACAAAAGAACACCUGCAAGAACUGUGGCGGAGUGUUCUGCGAAGACUGUUCAGCAAAUGAACUGCCCCUUCCUUCCAGCAUUUACCCAGAGCGGGUCUGUAACCUGUGCCACAAGCAUUUGAUGCAGCAAUAUUCGGCAAGCCCUUCGUAGGACUCCCAACGGUGAUAGGCAGUGGUCCUGUCAAAGGCAGCUUAUUUCUACCAGAUGAAAGCUUCUGAACGCUGCAACAUCUUGGAGAAUUAUUCAAAAGAACACCUUUGUCUGCUUUUGCAGAAUCAGAGUACGUGUUGGGGUGGGGGCUAUGAAUUGACCCAUCAGCCCUUUUAAACAUUUAAAAGACCUGGGUGAACAACUCCUGAGUUCUACCCAGAUUCUGACAUGCACUAGUGCUACAGAUGCUUAAGAGAUGAACAAGCAUUAGAAGCAGGUUCUAUAAAUGUUGAGAUGUUUAGUUUUUGAAGACACA